AUGUCUUCACGUUUAUUUAUUAAAUUAUUAAACAUUUCACCAAAAUAUACUUCUACUUAUCCCAUAUUUUCAUCCAGAAUUAAUUCUUUCAAACCUACUUUUCUUGUAAAAAGACCUUAUUCUUCUGACAUGUAUUUAUCUUCCUCAAAUACUCCUAAUGAAGAAUCGACAUUAAAAAAAUAUUCUCCUUAUAUUUAUUCAUAUUUUAUUUGGGUUACAUUCGGUUCAAUGUUAUUACAUUUAAAAUGGUCUAAAAUGAAUCAUAUUGAAUAUAAAGAAAAAAUGCAAUUAAAGAUUUCAAAGCUUGAAGAAACGAUUGACAUUUUAGAAAAUGGUGAAAAAAUAAAUAAUAAUUUAUUACGUACGAAACAUACAGAUGAUGGUAAUUUUUUAAUUUUAUUAUUAUUAUUAUUAUUAUUUUUUACGCGAUUGAAAAGUUUAAUUAAUUGA